CAGUAUUCACUGCGGGCCAAGAAACGUCUUGCAAAUGCUGAAUUUUUUACAGCGGCUAUUCUGCUCAUAGUCGGGAUUUCUUAAGGUUAACAUUUCUUCAGGCACACUGGGCUUGAACUACACUUUAUUCCUUUUUAAUUUAACAGCCCUGGCAGCUUUUCUAGUUAAAUCGACUGUUCAUUAUUGAGCCUUAGUUUACGAAGGGGCUGUGAGGUGCAGUUUAAUGAAUCUCUGGCACAAAGAUCCCUUUCACUGCUCGAGGAAGAAUAGAAGCUAUUUAGACCAUGUAAGGCUGUAUGUCAAAGGCAGCCUAUAAUAGUUGUCAGAAAGAGGCUAAAAUUCCCACUGGUGCGGGAAUGCACAAAAAAUCAACUUCCACUACAAACAGAUUGAGAAACUUGUAGGAAGUUAGAGGAGCAUACAGGUGGUCAGGCAUAAGCAAAGAGUUAAGUCCCAGGGUCCUCCCGUGGCUCCCCUUUGAUGUCCUCACAUCAUUGCCCUGCCUCCUAAAACAAUCCUCCCCUCCCCAAAAACUCCAGUUUUCAGCAGAGCGGAGAGGAACUGUGAGUUUGUCCAGAGAAGGGCCAAAGGUAAGCAAGCCACCCUGGCAGUGCAGAUAAGCAAUAUGCUUUAGAAAAAAUCUUGAGGAUCUCUCAAGGAUUAUUGUAAACAUCUUGGGCAAAGGUGUUGCACUUGUGGCAGAGAGCGAGAUGGCUGUUCAAGCUGCCAUCAUGAACUCUCAGUUCUUAAACUUCUGCUUUCCUGGCUCGGUCAUGGAGUAUGAGGUUGAGAAGCGUCUUGAAGGCGGCCUUCUGGGUGAGGUGGAUUGCGAAGGGGACUUUCGGGAGACCACCAGAGACCUGCUUAGCUUUAUUGACUCGGCUUCCAGCAACAUCAAACUUGCACUGGACAAACAUGUCAAGUCCAAGAGGAAGGUCAACCACCGCAAGUACCUGCAAAAGCAGAUUAAAAGGUGCACAAGCAUCAUCUUACCAGGGACUGCACUGGUCCAGGAGCCAUGCAAGAAUAAAGGUUCACCCCAAACCCCAACCAGCAACCUGCCCAGCAAAACGCCAUCCAAGAAUGACGGGAUACAGACCAACCUGCAAAAAACGAGUCUGGCUGCCCUUUUUAAUCCAGCAAAGGAUGUACGAGCAGAAAGAGCCAAGAAGCCCCCGUUGCGGAACCGAAACCUUCCACCAUCCUUCUUUACAGAGCCAGCCAACAGCUCGACAGUUACAUCAACAUCUGGCAUGUCGCUGAAAGACCUGGAGCGUGGGACUCCGGAGGCAGCAGAGUUCUUGGAGCUUCUCGGGCCUGACUACAGCAAUAUGGUCUUGGAGCAAGAGCUAUUCCAAACAGUGCCUUCCAGGAUCCAACCGGAGGUGACCGUAGGCCCCGAACCGGUCUUUUAUGGUACGCAAAAUUUUGUAAAUGGUGGAUUUUUGUAUGAUGAGCCUUGGUGUAUUUGUAGUGGCACACCCAAAAAGACUGGGGACAUGCAGACAUUGCAGCCAAAUCUUUAUAGUAUUACAGACCUUACUGGCGCCGUGCCUGUGGAACAGAGUUCGCCAUGUGCAAUUCCCUUUCCAAACUUCUUAACAGAGUGCUCCGCACCUCCGGACACCUAUGAUCUGACGAAUGGAUACAACAGAGGGAGAUUUCCUUCUCUUUAAGUCAGACAUUUUCCAUUUCUCAGAACAAAAAUGCUUAUGCUUUUUCUCAGUAUGGCUAUGAAAAGAUACUACUUAAAUGUAAUUGCUUUUUUGAUCCUGAAACUUUUGCAUCUAAACCUGCAAACUGACCUUUUUAAAACAACCUGCUUUUUAAGCAAACUGUAAAAGGUUUAUGAUGUCUCGGGUGACCUUAUAUCUCCACAAUUUAAAUGAAAAAAAAAAAAACAUUUUUGCACUGUUCUAAUAAAAUAA